AUGGGAGAGAGAAAAGCCUGGGCAGUGAAGGGGGAGGGACCAGGGGGAGACAGCCCUGGCGGCGCAGUGGGAGGAGGAGGACUGUCCCAUGCCAGGACUUGUGGUGGUUACGGCGGCGGCUUGUAUUGGAGGAAGUGCGCGGGCAGAGCAGUAAACUCAACAGACAACAGCAACACUUCCAAGAAACAGAUUUACGAACAACGGGGAAUCCUGACUCGCUAUAACAAGGUCGGACACAGACUUGAAAUGGAGGAGGGAUACGAACUGGAUUUGACGUACAUCACAGAGAGAAUUAUCGCCGUGUCCUUCCCCCGCGGCUGCUCCGAGGAAAUCUACGCCCACAACCUCAAAGAUGUCACCCGGAUGCUCAAGUCCAAACACGCCGAUAAUUACCUGAUUAUCAACCUAUCGGAGAGGAGGAGUGAUCUGUCCAGAAUGAACCCCAAGACUCUGGACACGGGCUGGCCUGACCAACACGCCCCACCGCUCGAUAAGAUCUGUACCAUCUGCAAGGCCAUGGAGAGCUGGCUGAACGCGGACCCUCUGCAUGUGGUGGUGAUACAUUGUCGAGGUGGAAAGGGACGCAUUGGGGUAGUCAUCUCCUCGUUCGUCCACUUCACGGAUGUGUCAGCCAGUGCUGAUCAGGCCCUGGACCGCUUUGCCAUGAGGAAAUACUACGAUGAUAAGGUCUCGGCGCUGAUGACACCCUCGCAAAAGCGAUACGUGUGGAUUCUCAACAGCCUCCUCAGUGGUUCCAUGAAGAUCAAUCCCUCUCCACUUUUCCUGCACUGCAUCAUCCUUCACGGCAUUCCCAACUUCGACUCUGCCGGAGUGUGUCGACCGUACAUCAAAGUGUACCAGGGAAUGCAGGCGGUGUAUUCGUCUGCCAUCUAUCAUAUUGGCCAAAAUCACAGAGACCGAGUCUGCGUCGCCCUAGAACCCGCUCAACUCCUCAAAGGCGACAUCAUGAUCAAGUGCUACCACAAAAGUGAUCUUCGGUCUGAGCGCGAGGUGAUUUUCCGGCUGCAGUUCCACACAGGAGCGGUGCAGGGCUACAGCCUGAUGUUUGAAAAGGAGGACAUGGAGAACGCUGACAAAGAUCCCAGAUUCCCAGACUACGGUAAAGUGGAGCUUGUUUUCUCCGAGGGACCAGAAAGAAUCCCUGGCGCUGACAGGUGGAACAACGGGGCAGAUGUUAUUGUGGACUACAACACCACGGACCCUCUGACGCGCUGGGACUCCUACCAAAACAUGUGCGAUACUGAAGCCCCUCCUCGUGCUCCAGCUCUAAACCAGGACAAGGCCACUAACAAGAGACGAGAUCCCGGGGGAGGAGAGCCAUCCUUGGGCCGCGGGGUUCGCACCACCUCCGCCACUUCUAGCCCGGACCACAGUGACCACGCGCUCUCCGUCAGCAGCGAUUCGGGCUUGUCCAGUACCUCGCUUUGGGCCGACAAGCCUACUACCAUCUCAUCUGGGACCAUCCGCCCAAACCAGGGUCCCAGCCAGCUCGAGAAAGUCCAGCUGAAGCGUCUCCUCAGCGGGUUUGGACUGGAGGACCCUUCUCUGGAUGAGAUGGACGGUCCGGGCAGCGUCGUGCAGAAGGUAGUUCCAGCUCAGGUGCACAUCAACGGAGAUCCUCGUCCUAGAGAAAGAGAGACGGACAUUUUGGACGACGAGGUGAUUACGGGUCACGAUCUCCAUAGCGUGGACAGCUUGGGGACGCUGUCAUCUUCGUGUCACAAAAGCAGCCAGAAUUCGUUGCUAUCCGAUGGGUUUGGAAGUCCUGGAGCAGAGGAUCACGUUAGUCAAACGCAAAAUCACAUCCCAACUAUUGAGGAGUAUGAAAGGGGGUAUAAUGACAUUCGAAGACCUUGCAUGGCUUCUAGAAAUAACUCUGUAGCCUCUUCAAACCCUAGUGAUGCUAUGGCCAAACAGCACGUGUACAGACAGGGAACUUACUCCACGCAAUCCUGGGUGCGACAACAACAAAUGGUCGUCGCUCAGAAAAUCGCAUACAUGCCCGAUGAUGGCAACGAGAGAUUCUCAAGCAAGCAAGGGUCUAUCAACGAGCCCCCAACCAGAGAUGUCACAGAUACAGCGGUCAAGGAAACGGCAAUGGUCAACAAUAACAACAACAACAAACGUGAUGAAGAGUUCAAAACGUUAACCAUGGACAUUGAUAACUCUAUCGAUCAGCUAAACCAACUCAUCAUGGACUUGGACCCGACGUUUGUGCCGGUGAAGAGCCAGAACAGUACGCUAAAGAGAAGUGAGAGCUCUAAUGUGAACGGAUCCGCCAAAUUCACCAAUGGCACCCGGUUUGGUGAAAACAAUGAAUCUACGCUAAAAAGCACACAGCAGACAGCUGUCCAGUCCAGUGAGAGCCGUUUGGUGUCACGAAGCCUCAGCCGCCAGGAGAACGAUGUCACAGAUCACCCAGGGUUCUGCAGCUCUGGGUGGGCCGCGGGCGAGGACUAUAGGGGGCAGAGCAGGACCUACUCACCUUGUCUACCGCAGUCUCAGAGCUUGUUGUAUCGCAGCGACAGCACGGACUACAGAUCCCAGGGUCCAGACACGGACAGCGGCGUGGAAGCAGGAAGCGACAUGACCCCCCCCACACCGGCCUUCCCCAUCUCCCCUCCCACUCCUUAUGUAAAAAACAUGUCCGAGUUCAAUCAGAGACAAACGCCAUCUUUUAACAUCCGUUCCUUCAGCUACAAAAGUGAACACGAUCCCUGUGGAUUCUCCGAGGUCGAGUCUUUGGCCGAGCCCUCCGUCAGCUGUCACCGGACGCUCACACAUUCCACGUCUGUUGUCGGGACACUUCAGAGAACAGACAGCUCCUCCAUCAGCCCACCUUGGCCCGAGCACCCAGCCCUGACCCGACACGCCUCUCUGAACAGCUACCCGUCUCCCAGGGACCCCCCUGCCUCUCUGAACAGCUACCCCUCUCCCCGGGACGCCCCACUCCCCCAUCACCCCGUGGCUCUGGACUACAACCACCACUCCUCCCCCCUCCACCAACACCCGCACAUCCACCCGGCCCCCAACGGUCACAGCUCGCCCCGGAGCAGCCAGCGCACUCGCAUGGCUCAUCUGGCCCUGAACCGCUGCCCCGCCCAGAGCUUCGAGGAGCAGGAGGACCCCAGGGGGAGCUAUGGUACGGACUCCCCCCUGCUGAUGAGUGUGGGGAGAGAGAGGAGCCUUGUGACUGUCAUGGAGGGUCAUCACCAGCCUCCGCUCCUGCCCGAGAAGAAGAGGGCGUCUGACGGAGAGCACUCGUUGGGCACGGCGUCUCCGGCUCCCAGCGGCUUCUCCAGUCCUCACAGCGGGAGUUCCCUCAGUAUUCCGUUUCCAAACGUGCUCCCGGAUCUGUCCACGCAGAUGUCCGGGACCCCGACGCCGCUGCCAGACGUGUUGGCCAGCAAGCAGCUCACAGUCAAAUUUGUCCAGGACACAUCCAAGUUCUGGUACAAGCCGGACAUAUCCAGAGACCAAGCCAUUUUAGUCCUGAAGGAUAAGGAGCCAGGUUCCUUUAUCGUGCGGGACAGCCACUCGUUCAAAGGCGCGUAUGGACUGGCAAUGAAAGUGGCCACGCCCCCACCCUCCGUGCUUCAGCAGGGCAACAAAAAGGGAGGCGAUCUGGCGAAUGAGCUGGUGCGACACUUUUUGAUCGAGUGCACGCAGAAGGGGGUCCGGUUAAAGGGUUGUCCCAAUGAGCCCUAUUUUGGAAGCUUAACUGCGUUGGUUUGUCAGCAUUCUAUCACCCCUCUGGCUCUGCCCUGCAAACUCAUCAUCCCAGACAGAGAUCCUCUAGAAGAUGUCGUGGAGAAUGCUUCUUCUUCAGUCUCCAACUCAGCGGCUGAACUGUUGAAACAAGGAGCAGCGUGUAACGUGUGGUACCUGGGCUCAGCGGAGAUGGAGUCUCUGACUGGCUCGCAGGCCGUGCAGAAGGCCACCACCAUGACGCUGCACGCCAACCCCCCCGUCACCUCCACCGUGGUGCAUUUCAAAGUGUCCUCCCAGGGCAUCACCCUCACGGACAACCAGCGCAAACUGUUCUUCCGGAGGCACUACAACGUAAACACAGUCAUAUUCUGCGCUUUGGAUCCUCAGGACAGGAAGUGGAAAGUAGACGGCUACCCCUCAGCGAAAAUCUUCGGCUUUGUGGCCAGGAAAAGCGGCACUUCUAUGGACAAUAUCUGUCAUCUGUUUGCGGAGCAUGACCCGGAGCAGCCCGCCAGCGCUAUUGUUAACUUUGUUUCCAGGGUGAUGAUUGGGUCCCACAAGAGUAAGUAG